AAAGAUGGACUUGGGUGAAAACUGGACCUUGGAUGAUAUCAACUGGCUGACCCACAGUGGGAUUCUUCAUUUGGUCAAUACAUUAAGAGAGACGGAGGCUUCCAAAGGUGUUCCGGUGAUAUUUGGUGCCCAUCAGUCGGGCUCCCCAUCAAUUUGCUAUACUUCCAGUACUCCUGCCCAGUUACUGGAAGAAAUUAGCUGUCUUAACUCCGAUCCGCAGCUGUUUGGCAGCCAGCAAGAUGGUUCCUCGUUAAUGGUAGAGGUGGUCAACGAUAUUGAAGCUGAAGACCCUUUUUGCAACUUCCACCCUCCAAGCUUCCUCCAGGACUCAGAGGUGGAAAUGAGAGGUUCUGAGGAUGUGACCCCUGGCACUGUGUUACAGCGGCUGAUCCAGGAGCUGCGCUAUGGCAACCCAAACGAGAACAUGAACCUGCUGGCUAUCCAGCAGCAGGCCACAGGGAACGCGGGACCGUCCAACGCCACUGCUGGCACGCUCUCUUCUUCCACGGAGAAUCUGGUGCCAGAAGACCCACAAAUGGUCCAGCAGUCAGCUCGCCAGGAACCACAGGGCCAGGAGCACCAAGGGGAUAAUACUGUGAUGGAGAAGCAGUCCAGGGGCACCCAGCCUCAACAAAACAAUGAGGAACUACCAACCUACGAAGAGGCCAAGGCCCAGUCUCAGUUUUUCAGAGGUCAGCAGCCUUCUGCUGUUGGCCCCAGUUUUUACAUGGCUGGAGGCUCCUGCCCAAAAUCUCGGACAGAAGGCAGGUCAACCCUGGCCCGCGCCAACAGUGGGCAAGCCCACAAAGACGAGGCGCUCAAGGAGUUGAAGCAAGGCCACGUGCGCUCCUUGAGCGAAAGGAUAAUGCAGCUGUCGCUAGAGAGGAAUGGCGCAAAACAGCAUCCUCCCACCUUGGGGAGAAGCAAAGGGGUCAAAACAGUUCCUCCCCAGGCUUCCGGGAAAGGCCUGGAUCUGAGGGGGCCACCGCCGGAUUAUCCAUACAAAAGCAAGCAGGUGGUCUCUCCCAUGAGCAAAGCCCAGGAGCACGGGGGAUUCUUUAAUGACCAGCAUUCUGGAAUGAUCCAGGAAGUGGGGAAGCCCCCCUUUUCGGCUCCACAGCCAGCAAGGAGCGAAGCCACCACUGUCCGAUAUCAAGCGCCCCCGGAAUAUGGUGUGACCAGCCGUCAGUGCCAGCCAUCCUUUCCGCCGAUGCCACAGCAGCACAGCCCAAUGUCCUCGCAGGCCUCCUCUCUCAGCGGCCCAUUGCACUCCGCGUCUCUGCCGCCUCUCCCGAUGGCCACGACAUCCCAGUCUCUGCCCGCCACCCCGCCGAACCAGCCACCGCAGCUGACGCCAGAUGCGUUUACCAUAGUGCAACGCGCCCAGCAAAUGGUGGAGAUGCUGUCGGAAGACAACGAGGCCCUGCAGAAGGAGCUGGAGGGUUACUAUGAGAAAGCAGAUAAGCUUCAGAAGUUUGAAAUUGAAAUUCAGAGGAUUUCAGAAGCUUACGAGGACCUGGUGAAGACCACCACCAAGAGAGAGUCAUUGGACAAGGCAAUGCGAAACAAACUUGAAGGUGAAAUCCGGAGGCUCCAUGAUUUCAACAGGGACUUACGUGAGCGAUUGGAGACUGCCAACAGGCAGCUAGCCAGCAGAGACUUCGAUGGGCAUGAAGAUAAGGCAACAGAGGGUUUUUAUGCCUCUCAGAGCAAAGAGUACUUAAAGGAGAAAGAGAAGCUGGAAAUGGACUUGUCAGCUAUGCGCUUGACCAAUGAGGAACAGCGAAGGCACAUCGAAAUCCUGGACCAGGCUCUUAACAGUGCGCAAGCCAAAGUCAUGAAACUAGAAGAAGAGCUGCGGAAGAAGCAAGCGCAUGUCGAGAAGGUAGAGAAGCUUCAGCAGGCGCUGACUCAGCUUCAGGCUGCCUAUGAGAAACGGGAGCAGAUGGAGCGCCGGCUGCGCACCAGGCUGGAGAGAGAGCUGGAAUCCUUGAGGCUACAGCAGAGGCAAGGGAACUACCAGGCUGCUACCCUGCCAGAGUACAAUGUGCCUGGCUUAAUGGAAUUAGUGCGGGAGAAGGAGGAGAGAAUUCUGGCUCUGGAAGCCGACAUGACUAAGUGGGAGCAGAAGUACCUGGAGGAGAGCGCGAUCCGACACUUCGCCAUGAACGCUGCGGCUGCUACUGCAACAGAAAAGGAUACCUCAGCCACCAAUCACUCGCGGAAUGGCAGCUACAGCGAGAGCGCUCUGGAGGUCCGCAUGUGGCAGGAAGAAGAGGAGAUUUUGCAAGCCGGACGGAGGUGUCAGGACAUGGAGUACACGAUAAAGAAUCUGCAUGCGAAAAUCAUUGAGAAAGAUGCCAUGAUCAAGGUGCUUCAGCAGCGGUCCAGGAAGGACCCUAGCAAAACUGAUGCUGCAAGCUUGCGGCCUGCUCGGUCCGUCCCAUCGAUCGCUGCAGCCACAGGCACUCAUUCCCGCCAGACCUCCCUCACCAGCAACCAGAUGGCUGAGGAGAAGAAAGAAGACAAGACUUGGAAAGGGAGCAUAGGAUUGCUCCUGGGGAAGGACCUCCAUGACCAUUCGAUCAUCCCUUUGCUGCCUCCUCCGCCUCCCUCUCUAUCCUCUGCAACAUCCUCAUGGCCAGUGAUGGCCUGCCAUGUGAAAAUGGGCAGCAAAGACAACAGCACUCAGACGGACAAAGGCUCUGAACUUUUCUGGCCGAACGCAGCUUCUUUGCCAGGCAGGGGGAAAUUGAGUCACACUCCUGGGGGCAGCCCAGCCCUGAAGCAUCCUGCAGGCAAAGGCCCUGGAGAGAGACCGGAGAACUCGCCCAGCCAUGGAAAGCUGCCCGACAGCAAAGGCAGGGUAAGCAGUCUGCUUCACAAGCCUGAAUUCCCAGAUCCAGACAUGAUGGAAGUCCUUAUCUGAAAGCUGAGGGAAGCUUUUUCUACUUUUUGUGCGAGAGCACAUAAACCC